AUGCCGGAAGAUCUUGAUACCGGCCAGAUAAAAGAGUGGCGAUCAAUCGUCACGCUAAUCGUCUUCGUCGUCACCAAUAUCAUUGUACUGUUCCCUUUUCAUCUCACUAUCUAUGUGCCUCGGCUCAUUUCGGACGCUGUCUUGGAUGCACUUGGUGCUAUGCAAGUGAUAGCGCCAAGGCAGGAACACUUUGCAUGUGGCUUCCAGGACGAUGAAACAAGCAAGCCCAAGUGGUUUGUGCGGCUGCGGCUCCACUUGAACUUUGUCACGGCACCAUUGAUAGCAGAUCUCUUCCUGCUAGCUAUCUCGGCUAUUGGGCGACAAGAAGUUCACGACGGUACCAUCGGGGCAAACAACAUCUCUCCGAUCGACAUCAUGCUUUUCUUCCUGUCGCUAGCAUACAUCGCCAUCUCCAUCGAUGCGUCCGGUCUAAUUAGAUUCCUGGCCUUCAAGGUGCUCCAAUGGGGAGGAGGCGUUGGGCACAGACUAUUCUUCUACCUCUAUGCCUUCUUCUUCGGCCUCGCUGCCUUCAUCGGAAACGAUCCCAUCAUCCUAUCCGGCACAGCGUUCCUCGCCUACAUGACGCGCGUGUCAAGCAACAUUGAGCAUCCAAGAGCGUGGAUUUUCACCCAGUUUGCCUUGGCAAACAUUGCUUCGGCGAUCCUUGUCUCCUCCAACCCGACCAAUCUCGUGCUUGCCGGCGCUUUCGACAUCAAGUUCAUCGACUACACGGCAAACAUGAUCGUGCCUGUUGUCGUAACGGCCAUCGUACUCUUCCCCUUCUUGCUCUACAUCAUCUUCGUGGGAGAAUCUCUCAUCCCAUCGAAGAUCAUAAUGCACCAGCUCCCGGACGAAGUCAGACAGAAGAAGCCCGUGAACCCCAACAUCCCUCACGCCAAAGGAAAGGUGGAGGAAGAAGAAAAAGACCACACGAAUGAUGACGAAGGCAAACUGCUCUCGCUCGAAGAGAUCAUGAAUCCUUUUGUGGAUAGGAUAGGCGCAGCUUUCGGAGCUAUCAUCAUGGCCACGACACUCAUUACCCUCCUGGCUCUCGAUGCUGCCAGCGCGAGGAUCGGGAAACAUGCUGUUUUUUGGGUGACGUUGCCAGCCGCAUUCGUCAUGUUCUGCUGGGACGUCACAUUCGGAUGGUGGCAUUGUGAAGAUACACGCAGGAUUGCCCAAGAAGGUCGGAAGGAGGUGGAAUACGCUCGAGUUGAGCGAGAGAUCAAGGAAAGAGAUGCCAAACGUGGGAGUCCAGAGAGGGAGAACACAAACCGCGAAUCUGCUUUAACACGGACAGUUCUGCCGGAAAUUCAGAUACAAAGUCAGCCUGAUGUUGAUGAGUGUAACAAAGACAUUGAAAAGGACGACAGAAAAUCGACCAGUGAGCACAUCGAGAGAUUGCCCGCCCCCGCAACCUGUGGAUACGAACUAGAAGACCUAUCAGGCUCAAGCUCAAGCGGGCAAACGGACCUUGAUAUGCGAGUCAAGCUUGAGUUGGAGCGUCGAAAGGUGGAACGGGCGCGUAGACCGCGAACGCUCGUAUCGCGCGUUGCGAAUGCGUAUAGGUGGUCGCAGGAGACAUUUCCAACCGCCACAGCAGUAUUGGCACACCUACCAUACGCACUCGUGCCAUUCGCCUUUUCCAUGUUUGUUCUCGUUCAGGCCUUGGUCACCAAGGGCUGGGUUCCCGUGUUUGCCUACGGAUGGGAUCAUUGGGUAAACAAGACGGGAACGGUAGGUAGCGUUGGCGGCAUGGGCUUCCUCUCUGUCGUCUUAUGCAAUUUUGCAGGCACGAAUAUUGGCACCACCAUCCUGCUGUCCCGCGUCAUCCAGGCGUGGCAAGAGAUCCACCGCGUUAACGGGAUUCCCAUCAGCAACCGGACUUUCUGGGCAACCGUGUACAGCAUGGCACUCGGGGUCAACUACGGUGCAUUUAGCGCGGCAUUCAGCGCGUCACUGGCUGGGCUCUUAUGGCGGGACAUACUCGCCAGGAAACAUAUCCACGCCCAUAGUCUCGAUUUUGCGAGUGUUAACCUCCCUAUCAUCGCGAUAUGCAUGACGGUCGGUUGUGCGGUCCUCCUCGGCGAGAUCUACAUUAUGAGGGACGAGUCUCCUUACGAUUUACCCUGA